AACCUUCUUAAAGUUUCGAGAACUAGCUUUCCCUUAAAGGUAUCCUCCCUUAGUCCUUAUAUAUUAUUCCUUUCAACACCUUUCUCUAUAUCCAACAUUCAAACCAUAAAAACGUAUCACCACGAAAAUCCACAAAUUAAAUACCCUUUUAAAUCUGGAGUCAAAGUUUUCCAUCUUUGUCUAAUUGGAUCUCUAUAUAAUUCCUCUCUAGCUUGGUGUGUUAAGAACUCCGAAAAUAAGAACAACACAGAGGACAAAAAAAUGUUGCAGUUGUUCUUCACAAUGGCUUUCUCUGCAGUUCCAUUGAUCCUCUAUAUUCCACCAAUCAGAAACUUGAAUCUCUUUGUGGAAGCCAUGGAAGACAUAAGCAGAGAAUCAAGAUUAUACAGCAAUAGGAUAUACCCUCGCCUAAGGAGUGCUUGGUUUAGGGUCAUCAAUUGCUUCCUAUGCUACAACACAAGGAAAUAUGAAUUCUGAAACUGUG